ACAUUAGUGUUCAAAUAUAUAUUUAUUUAGAAUGUUCCGGCUUAAGGUAUGGGGUGGGCUGGCCUCACUUUCAGUAACGACGGUCGCGAACGGCUGGCGAACAUUCUGCGUGCCUUGCUGAUCUCACAACUCGUCAUAUCCCUUGUUAUGGCUAUCUAUUGCUAUAACGUGUCUUUUCGUGUUUUGUCGCUAUUGAAGAAUAUACAUAAGCUAACAGUGUUUCUGCUCUACGGCCUAAUUCUCAUGCAAGCGUACUCAAUGAAGCUGCAUUACACCGGUGGUCUCCGUCUCCUGACGUUCCUUCUGCGGAGUCCUUACUGGCCUCGGGCAGCGUCCGUCAGCAAGUUGUGGAUGAUCAGCGGAUCAGUGGUAGCACUCAAUGGAUUGCUUGUGUCUGCUGCCUGCAAGAGCACUCUAAAGGCACUUAUGCGUGAGCUCUCGUCAUCACUGCGUGUCGGUAUCUCGCAGUACCUCACAGAACCCGAGUGGAAGACCUUGUUAGACACUAUGCAGAUAGAGUUAAACUGUUGCGGGGCAGAUCAGCCAAGUGACUGGUACGACAUUCCCUGGAUCAACAUUGACUAUCUAAACGCAGACUCUGAUAUAGUUAUGAAGUUGUCAGGCAGUGAUGGUAAGAUCUUACCACCAGUGGCGCCCUACUCUUGCUGCACACCACGUCUCCUGGCUCCGUGUUAUCACGAUCUACUACAACAGUGGGAAUGGCGGUCAGCGUGGUCUUCCGGCUCGCCGCUGGUUGGCGCUUCGGUGGAGGCUCGUGGUUGCGUGGAGGCUGUUCGGGACCCGCUCACCCGCGCAGCCCUAGCGCUGCAGAUGUGUGCUCUGCUUUCAGUGGUGCUGCAGGUGAUCAUCGUAAGUCUCACGCAAGUGAUACGCAGUAGUGGCACUGACGCCAUGUUGCGGGGCGACCUGCGCGGUGAGGGGAGUGCGGGGGGACCAACGAGAGGUGUGGGGACGGCGCCGCCCCCGUCCACUACAGAUAUGCACGAAGAGUCCGAGGUGUGUAUUCGGCGGAGUACGGUGCGCGCUCACAGGAAUACCUCCGCGAAUGCUCGCGAGCGGAUGCGAGUGCGUCGGCUACGUUCGCGGCUGAGCUAUCCAUACCUGUCUUGAAGGUUAUGUUGGAAAUUCAAACAACAAGACUAUUUAAAUAAAUGUACAUAAACAAUAAUGUAAAUAAAACUACCCAAUAAUCAAUGCAA